ACUGGGGCGGCCGCGGCUACGGCAGCGGGGCUGGGCCGAUGGCGGCGACGGCGCUGGCAGCCGGGAGCGGGGCGGCGGCGGGGUCCGAGCCUGCGGAGGGGCCCCCGGGGCCGGCGCUGGAGCUGUGGCUCAAUAAAGCCACAGACCCAAGCAUGUCGGAACAGGAUUCGUUAGCUGGCCAGAGGAGAGGGAAAAGCUGCUACCAUCUCUCAGCACUGGAAAAUAAAGCCACAGACCCAAGCAUGUCAGAACAGGAUUGGUCAGCUAUCCAGAAUUUCUGUGAACAGGUGAACACUGAUCCCACUGGCCCAACACAGGCUCCCUGGCUCCUGGCCCACAAGAUCCAGUCUCCACAAGAGAAGGAAGCUCUUUAUGCCUUAACGGUGCUAGAGAUGUGUGUGAACCAUUGUGGAGAGAAGUUCCACAGUGAGGUGGCCAAGUUCCGCUUCCUGAAUGAGUUGAUCAAAGUGUUGUCCCCAAAGUACCUAGGAUCCUGGACCACUGUAAAGGUUAAAGGACGAGUCAUUGAAAUACUCUUUAGUUGGACGGUCUGGUUUCCAGAAGACAUCAAGAUCCGAGAUGCUUAUCAGAUGCUUAAGAAACAAGGAAUCAUAAAGCAAGACCCUAAACUACCAGUGGACAAAAUCUUACCUCCACCUUCUCCCUGGCCCAAGAGCUCCAUUUUUGAUGCUGAUGAAGAAAAGUCAAAGCUUCUUACACAGCUUCUGAAGAGCAAACAUCCUGAGGAUCUUCAGGCUGCAAACAGGCUGAUUAAGAAUCUGGUCAAGGAGGAGCAAGAGAAAUCAGAGAAGGUGUCAAAGAGAAUCAGUGCAGUGGAAGAAGUUCGCAGCCAUGUGAAGGUGCUGCAGGAAAUGCUGAGCAGGUACCGCCAGCCCGGGCAGGCCCCACCAGACCAGCAGGCCCUGCAGGUCGUGUAUGAAAGGUGUGAAAAACUGCGGCCCACCCUGUUCCGGCUGGCAAGUGACACCACAGAUGAUGAUGAUGCUCUUGCUGAGAUUCUCCAGGCAAAUGACCUCCUCACCCAGGGAGUUCUCCUGUAUAAACAGGUGAUGGAGGGCCGUGUCACCUUUGGGAAUACAGUGACCAGCUCAUUGGGAGACAUACCUGUCUCCAGAGUCUUUCAUAAUCCAACCGGUUGCAUGAAGAAUGGCUCCCUGAUUGACUUGGAGGUGGACGAUGGAUCUGAGCAGGCCAGGACUGUGGCGCCAUCUCUGCUUCAUCAGGACCUGGCAACCUUAGGGAUCACAGAUGCUCCUGUUACAAACAAGGUUGCCAGUCAGAAUUGCUGUAAGGAAAAGAAGAAUCCCACCCCUACCACCCCACCCAGUGGUGGUGUUCAGAGCCCUUCUGCAGAGAGGAACUUGCUGGAUCUCCUUUCACCACAGCCCUCUCCGGGCCCUCUGAAUUAUGUUCCCCAGAAAAGCAUCCCCAAGGAAGUUCCACCAGGUACAAAGUCCUCUCCAGGUUGGUCCUGGGAGGCUGGCCCAUUGGCUUCCUCCCCAUCUUCCCAGAACACACCUCUGGCUCAAGUGUUUGUCCCCUUGGAGGCUGUUAAGCCCAGCAACCUGCCUCCCAUUAUUGUGUAUGACCGGAACGGAUUCAGGAUUCUGCUCCACUUCUCCGAGACUGCGGCUCCCGGGCACCCAGAGGUACAGGUGCUGCUGCUGACCAUGAUGAGCACGGCCCCCCAGCCUGUUUGGGAUGUCAUGUUUCAGGUGGCUGUGCCAAAGUCCAUGAGAGUGAAGCUGCAGCCAGCAUCUAGCUCCAGACUUCCUGCAUUCAGUCCUUUGAUGCCUCCAGCCGUGAUCUCGCAGAUGUUACUGCUUGAUAAUCCACACAAAGUGGUAACAACUGGGAACCGAAAAAGGGACAUAAGAACUUUCCCUAAUACCAUGGAGUCCUGAAAGGGAACCCAUCCGGCUGCGGUAUAAGCUGACAUUCAACCAAGGUGGACAGCCUUUCAGUGAAGUAGGAGAAGUGACAGACUUUCCAGACCUGGCUGUCUUGGGUACAGCCUGACUUUUCACAAGAUGGACCCUGCCUUUCAAGCUUAAGCCAGUGUUACUUUUGCUGUCUAGACAGAUCUGAUAAUGGUGAUUUAGUGCAGAGUGCCAAGAGUUCUGUCCUGUUGUCAGGCUCUGGGUACCAACCGCUGACUUAUUCUGCAGAUUCUGUGUGUGUGUGUGUGUGUGUGUGAGUGAAAUGUGGAAGCAUUUUUGAUGAGCAUCUCUGAUACAACCAUAUCUGUUUCUGCAUGUAGGUGGACAGUGGUAUUCUCUGUCUCCAGUUUGAGGUUUUAUAAGCCAAAGGUGUUUUUCAUGUAUUAUCUUUUCAUUCAUCCACUCUGUGCCUUGUCAGCCUUUGAAAGUCUUGCUACUCCCAGGUUGCUGUUCUCAGGGACUGUAAAAGAGACCUGGUUGGUCUUGGGGCAGAGGGUAUCUCCUGGAGCCCUCUUUUCCAAGAAAGACCUUGUCUCCAUUUCCAUUAGAGAAUGCUGCUUCCAUGUGUUUGGGAAGGUCUUCUAAAUGGAAUACUUGUUGCACUGUUUCCUGGCAAGCGGCUGCCUCUAGACCAGAGGACCACACUCAGUGGGCCAGUCAUGUCCUUCACCACUGUGCCUUAGACCUGCCCUCAGGUGGACCCUCUAGGGCAGAGAGGAAAGCAGAUCUGAGGCCUUACUCAGGCCUCAGUUUCUGUGGGUUGGGCAGUCUAUCUGCGCCCUUACUCGGGAUCCUCAUCUCCAUCCCCAUCCUCUUUCCUCAAGCGUUUACUCAGAGCUCUGUGAUUGUUGAUAUCAUGCUAGUCAUUGUAAAUCAUACCCAACAGGCUGGUCCUUGCCUGUUUUUGACUUUACAAUCCAAGAUGAAAAACUGUGAUGCAACUAUAUAUAAAAAGAGUUUAGCAAUGAUUUAAGUGGUAACUGUUAAUGUAGAAAUCACUGAAUAAAUACCAUUAGCAAA